AUCAUAAAAUUACACAUUUUGUGUAGAGAAGAGAGAGAGAGUAAAGAGAUGAAUGGGGGAUUUGUAUCUACCCCAACAAUACAGUUCACAAUUUCAUCUGCUGCUGUUCAAUCGAAACCACAAGAUAUCACUUUCGCCAAAUCCAAAUCCAAAUCGAAAUCAUGGACCUCUUCCUUGAAGCAUCGCCAUCUCCGGCAGACAGAUCUCAGAUUCAACAACAAACUCUCCAUUAGAUGCAAUUGCAGCCCCGGAACUCCGACUCCACCUGGUGAGGAUGAAAGCAAGAAUAUUCUGGAUGCAUUUUUCUUGGGAAAAGCUCUAGCUGAAGCUCUUAAUGAGCGCAUUGAAUCUUCGGUUGGCGAGUUUUUGAGUACUAUUGGCAGGUUGCAGGCGGAACAACAGAAGCAAAUUCUGGAUUUUCAGGAAGAUGUGUUAGAAAGAGCCAAACAGGCAAAGGAGAAAGCAACACGAGAAUCCAUGGAAGCCCGGGGAAUCGAUAAUAGGUCAUCAUCUUCUACUUCUUCCAUUACAAUAAUUGAAGAUGGCGCAGAUCUAACAAUUGCACCUCCUGCUAGUGAUAAUGUGAAGCCUGCAUCAUCAUCAUUUUCGGGUGAGAUUGUAAUUUCAGACGAGGACUAAAGUCAGCAGUCGGUUUCUUAAUAUAAUUAUCCUUUUCGAAUUCUAAGCAAUUGAUAUGUUUAUGUUUUAAUUUGAAAACGCAAUACACAACAGAGAAGAACUAUUCUGAAUUAUACAAAUGGUUAUGUUUAUUA